UUUUAUUUGGCAGAUUCUUUUUUGCAUAUAAAUUACAAAUUAAUUAGUGGAACGUCGAUAGUAAUUAGGUUUGAAUUUUAUUUAAAUUUUAGCCUUUUUUGUUGCAUUGGAAAUUUAAAAAAUUUAAUUUUUGAAAAUGUCUUCGUUAAUGGCUUCACACGAUUUACAUUUGAUGAUGAUCGAGUUGGCAGUUGAUAAGUUAUUUGUACCAAAAAUCACAGUAUUUGAUUCAGCAAUAAUAAAAAAAUCUGUAAUAAUGUUUCGUAUACUCGACAGUAAUUGGACUCUCCUUGAAUCUCAAUAUGAAACCUCUGAAUCGAACGAUUCCAAUAAUCAAGAGCAAAAAUUCCAUAGUGGUAAAUCAGUAGUAUUUGCUAUUUCCGAAGCCGUUUUGAAAUACACAGGUACACUCAAUCUCAAUAUCGAUAUACAAGUUUUCAAAGAGAAUCCAAAAUACAUAGAAAUGGAUCGUUAUUUCAACGUAGGAUUUGUUAAAAUAGAAACAGAAAACCUUUUUUGUGGAAUAAUAAAGGAAUUAAAUGAACGCAAAGAGAUGAAAAAUUUUUUCACAUAUUAUCAUCCACGGGAGCCCAUUUCCAAAUCUAUGAAGAAAACUUAUAUUAUUGAUGGAAGCAGUAUGAAAUUAAAUGAACCAGCAUCAAUAAGCAUUUACACCCGUUUAAGUUACUUCGGUAAAUCAAUAAUCACUGAAAUAGAAGCUAUUUCAGAUAGGGAAUUCCAUGUACGGGAGGAAACAUGUGAGGGUCAGCCUUAUCGAUGCCGCGAAGUGAGCCAUGAACAAUCGGAAGCUGGUUGGUUGGGUGUUAGAAGCUUUAAACCAUCAGCAGACCAACGGAAUCUGAUAUGCGUUUGCGAUAUGAGCAUCCAAUCGGGCGUCAAAGCUAUCGCUGAGUCUCUGAGUACACACGAGCAUCAACAGCAAAAGCAAAAGCAAAAGCAGAAGCACCAGGAUAAUAGUAGUAUAGAGUGGAAGGAAAUACCUUACAACAUAAUACUUGAGGGAAUAGAAAAAAAAAAAUUUAUAAUGGAAAAUCGCGAUGACGAAAAUUCUUCUACUUCUUCUGCUGCUGCAGCAGCUUUUGCUGCUCUUACCAAGGGUAUGAGAGAUAAACAAAAUAAUAAUAAUAAUAAUAUAAGAAUGAAAAAUACCAAACGUAUGGGUAAAUUGAAAAGAUCAACACGACAAAAUGGGAACGUAGAAAAAGAUGAUGGGUAUGGAAGAGGAAAAGGAAAAGGAAAAGGAAAUGGAAAAAUAAAAGUUAAAAAAUCUUCAGGAGAAAUAGAAGGUAAGCUUUAAGAUAGUAGUGAAAAUAAGUGUGUGGAAAAAAAGUAUGAAAGAUAUAGAAAGAAAAAUAUAUAUGAAAGUAAUAGAAAACUUGUUGGAUAAGCCAAGUGAGUGGGUACUCUCCCAAGGACAUACAGUGGACGUGAAUGAGGAAGACAAAGAUACUUGGCUGACGAAUCACCGAAAGCCCCAGGGUAAACCAGUGAAUCACGCUGCUAACGAUAAAUCUACUGACCGAGAGUUUAAACCAAGAGUGAAACAAAAAGUAUUUGUUGCCGGUGAUAAGUUUAAUAAAGUUGACGAGACGGUGAAACGCUUGGGACAUAACUAUACAAACAGGUCAACGCGUCAAUCAUUUUACUCUAAUAAUCAUCAAGAGUCACGGGUGAUGAAUAGUGCCACGGGGUUGCUUCAGUCUGAUUUAACCACGGGUAAAAAUUUAAUUAAUAAAUCAUUAAAUUUGAAUAAUUUUAAUGGAGAUGAUAAUUAUCAUAAUUACUAUAAAAGAUUUAUUGAUGACGGUGAUGUAUUCAGUGAUAAUAAUUAUGAUAAUUAUGGACAGAAAGACGUGAGUAAUGAUUUUUAUCAACGAAAUAAAAGAAAUAAGAAGAGUCUGAAGAGUAAAUUGAUUGAUCGCAAGAAGAAUAAAGUGGAAAAUACUGUUGGGAAAAAUUUAAUCAAAGAUGGAGAAUUUGAUGAAAAAAAAAUGUAUAUCUCGAGUAAUGGUAGAGAUAAAAAUAAUAGUAAUGUGUUGAUUAAUAAUAAAAUGUUGAAAAGAAAAUAUAGAAAAAGGGGGAAUUUAAUUAAAGAUCGCGGUCACGAGUCAUUUAAUCGUGAUUUUUAUAAAAAAUGGGAAAACGAUGAGGAAAAUGACAAACCAAUCGAUCGGGGAUUACAAAGGGGGGAGAUAAGGAUGGAGGGUAGAAGGAAUGAGUUGGCCAAUCAAGAAUUCAACCAAAAAGAUAUAAAAGUUGUUACUGUAGACAAGUUAAUUGAUCGUGAGUUGAGGAAUAAAAAUGAGAAUAAAAAAUAUAAAAACAGGGUUAAUAAAUUGAUGGAUGGGAAACGUCCGAGUGUUGGAAAAAAUUUAGACGGUGAUGAAUCAUAUGAGAAUGAAUCUGGGAAAAAAAUAAAAAACUUGUCAGUUGAUAAGGCGAAAAGUAAAAAAUACCGAGGAAUCGAACGAGGUAAAGCUAAAAGAGAAAUGAGAAUGCAAAAACAACAACAGCAGCAAGAACCAUGGAGUGCUAAAUUGAAGAUCAACGAUGUUACAAAUAAAAUUCGACAAAUAAAUAGACCAACGGGCGUUGUCACGAUUGGGUUGAGCAAUAAAAACGACAACACUUGUAACCACUUUCCCGUUGAAAUUCCUUUGUGGCCUACACAGUGUCAACCUAGUUCUUGCGCUUGUUAUUGUUAUUGCUUUUACCCGAUUAUUUGCCACUAUUUUAAACUUUUUUAUCUGCC